AUGAAUUCUUUUUUGUGCUUUUUGCUUGUCAUUGCAUUGUGUCUUGGAUCGAGCAACGCGAUCUGGGAUAAGAACACCGUACAUUUCAAAAGCUCUCUUGGUCCAAAAAACAUUCUCAGGAUUUAUUGUGUGUCGGACCAAGACAUCAUAGGCGAUCGUUACUUAAGCCCGGGACAAACCUUUGAUUUUAGUUUUCAUGAUAGCGUUUUGAAGACUUUUUUCAAUUAUGACUUGUGGCAGGGUCCUAAUUACAGAUUUCAUGCAUCUUUUACCGCAUAUGAAGGUAGGUAUAUCUUAGUUCGUUAUGGUAGAAAUGUUUUUUGGGAUGCUAGAGAAGAUGGAAUAUACCGUGCAGAAGGUAAAGAAACACCCAAAUUAAUGUACAAGUGGCUUGACUGA